CGAGUGCUGCGAGAGGAGCUGUCGGCAGUGAGAUCAUGGGAGAGUCCACGCUGGGAGAAAGUAGGUUAGCAGGGUAGACUGAGAGGAAAGCAAGCGGAGAGUCAGAACGCAGAGGGGGGUACCGAACACCGCUCGUCCACAGUGGGACUGUUCUGUCCAAAAAAAAGAAAGUUGAGCCAAAUUUAUUCGCCAGUGACAGAGACGAUGCGAUCCACAGCGACUUUCUUCACUAUUUUAUUUCGCUUGGACUUGACCGAGCGAUAGAGGAGAGGAGAGUUUUGGGUAGUUUUUUUCCCCUUCUUUUUUUGGGGUCGUGCUUCACGAGAGCUGUCUGCAGGCAGGACGAAGUUAAUAUUUACAGAGCCAGUUCACUCUGGCGCUUAAUUUUCCACUCUCCUGUCACCUAUUUGAACCACAUGUAGGCUAGUCGAGAUUGCAUCGUCCAGCCUAGAUAAAGAAACCACCAAAAUGAGAGCUCAGAUCGAGGUCAUCCCCUGUAAGAUCUGUGGGGACAAGUCCUCAGGAAUCCACUAUGGAGUCAUCACCUGCGAAGGCUGCAAGGGAUUCUUCCGUCGCAGCCAGCAGAACAACGCCAUGUACUCUUGUUCCCGCCAGAGGAACUGCCUGAUCGACCGCACUAACCGUAACCGCUGCCAGCACUGCCGCCUACAGAAGUGUCUGGCUUUGGGCAUGAGCAGAGACGCGGUCAAGUUCGGUCGUAUGUCCAAGAAGCAGCGUGACAGCCUCUAUGCUGAGGUGCAGAAACACCAGAAGUCCCAGGAGGGUGUGGGCUCCGGAGGCGGAGGCUCUACUGCUCUGUCCUUACCCAAGGAGGACGGCAUCUGUGGCGGUAGCGGGGAGGAGGGUGAAGAGGGUCUGAGCCGGUCCUACAGCAGUGGGGGCUCUAGCUCAACCCUCAGCGACUUGGACGACAUCGCAGCGCUGCCGGACCUGUUCGACCUGCCACUGACCCCCGAGGAGGCCAGCGAGUACUGCAGCCUGGAGCUGCUCGGCGGAGGGGCCAGCACCGGGAACACCUCCAACUCAUCGUCCGCUUCUUCCUCUUCAUCAUCCUUGUCCAAUCAGAAUUCCCCUCAGCAGACUAUGCUGGAUGGGGCCGACAGCAACGGGAUCCAGCUCCUGCACACACACUCUCUCACGCAUCCGCUGCUGGCACACACACAUGCACUGCUGGACCAUCUGCCUGAUGACUGCUCGAUAACAGACCUCGAGCGCAUAACUCAGAGUAUUGUUAAGUCUCACUUGGAGACGUGUCAGUACAGCGCUGAAGACAUGAAGAGAUUCACCUGGGUACAAUACACACCUGAGGACACACGUGCUUUUCAAAACAAGUCAGCAGAGUGGAUGUGGCAGCAGUGUGCACACCACAUCACCAACGCCAUUCAGUACGUGGUGGAGUUUGCCAAACGCAUCGCUGGCUUCAUGGAUUUGUGCCAGAAUGAUCAGAUUAUAUUGCUGAAAGCAGGCUGUUUGGAAGUGCUGCUGAUACGCAUGUGCCGAGCGUUCAACGCCAACAACAACACCAUUUUCUUCAAUGGGAAGUUCGCCCCGGCUCAGUUCUUCAAAGCACUUGGCUGUGACGACCUGGUCAGCGCAGUGUUUGACCUGGGAAAAGGACUCUGCCGUCUACAGCUGUCUGACGAAGAGAUGGCUCUGUUUAGCGCAGCCGUCCUUCUAUCGCCUGAUCGACCCUGGCUAACAGAAGGCCAAAAGGUUCAAAAACUCCAGGAGAAAGUCUAUCUGGCUCUGCAGCACAGUCUACAUAAGAGUGGUGCUUCUGACGAGAAACUGGACAAGAUGGUGUCCAAGCUGCCCGUAAUGAAGUCUAUCUGUAACCUCCACAUUGACAAACUCGAGUUUUUCCGUUUGGUCCACCCGGAGACCGCCUACAGUUUCCCGCCACUGUACCGGGAAGUGUUUGGCAGCGAGAUGUCUCUGCCGGAUUCCACCAACAGCUAGACAGACAGAUAGACAGACGAGAGAGAUGGAGAGAGUGUAUCAAAAGGUAGGGAAGCAAACGGAGAGACAAGAGUAGGAUAGGGAUGUUGAAGCUCAACAACCUGAAGUUAAGAGACAAUCCAGGACUUUAAAUACUCCGUCUCCCAUGAUCCCAAAGUAGUCCUCCACUUUCCCAGCAAGCAAAGCACCUUACACUACAGACCACACAUGCUCAUGGUCCUUCGCAUAUUGUAGCAUUAACAACAGGCGCAUGGGCAUUGUAAUAAUAACACAGCAGCCCACUAAGCAUGAGACAGCUCCAAGCGCUAACAACAUCAGAUCCAGAGUGGAUCGCCCAACCAGUUAUGAAUGUACCUCAUCGAUAAGCACCAGUGCACAAGUCAGAACCUAACAACAGUGAAUGUACAACCCUGCCACUCACUCUGUUGAUCAACAGAUCUCACUAUUAACACAGAGCUCAGUCAAUAUUUCUCUUUGUAUUAAUACAUCUCAGUAUGGUACACAUGUUGUAUUCAUACAGACAAUAUCCUCGUACUGACCAUCAUUUUGGGACCAAGAUCAUGAGCCAUUUUAACUAAUAUAAAAAGAAACACACAAUUUCGAUAUGACUCACGGCUAAAGCUGACCUCCUUAAUUAAGUGAGAACCAGUCUCACGCACAUUUAGACAGUGUUCGGUGCUGCCUCUUUGUAGGCUCUUGUAAUGCAAUGAGAAACCUCAAUCCCACACACCCCCUGACCUUGUAAAUGCCACUUAGAGACAGGACAAGAUGAAAUUAUCUUUAAUUUAUAUACACAUUUAUAAACAAAUAUUUUAAAUAAGAAUGUAAAUAGAUGACUAUAUAAGUAUAUGGAGAGAGUGAGAAUGUGUGAGUUCAGUUCAGAGAGAGAGGGAGAGAAAGGUGGAUCGUAAGAUGUGGAUUUUUCACAAAAGCUGAUUUUUUUUUAUUAUUUUUUUUUUUUUCUGGACAAUUUCCUCUCUUGACAGUACUCUCAGGUUUCCAUCGCAACAGCCCCCUCUUGCCCUGACAGCAAACCCAGCAGGGGUUAAGCGCGGUCAUCACGCGAGCGAUGAGGGGUGGACACUUGUUGCAGAUGCGACACAGCAGGGGAAGCAGGUGGCCCAAACAAAAGGUGGAAAAACAUUGCCCUUGUCUUGCAUUUAAACUGAAAGCUUUCAGUCUGCGAUGUUGCUGCCCCCCACCCCUGCCUAAAGAGAAAAGAGGACAAACAGGACACUAAGGAAACGAGAAAGCAAGGCAAAAAGAUGACUUCAUUAACUGUAUAAUAAAAUGGGAUACACAGGGUCUCCACACCUGUUUCUAACCAGCAGUCAGUACAGUAGGUGUAGUAUAAUUCUCUUUCACUCAUAAUGUUUCAGUUGGUUAAAGUCCAGGACAACAGUGGUCCAUAAUAUGUAUCAUAAACCCUGUUCACUGGUUGGAGCAACUGUAUUAUUGUGUACAUUUGCUGUUCUCUCUCCUUUAGUCCCAACCCCAACACUUGUCUAAAUAUCAAGCACUUAUACUUUCCUCUUUCUCACUGGACACUAGUCUAAGGCCAGACAGAGCUACCAGCUGCCCCCCUGAGUUGGGCCUCAAUGCCAGUAAGACCUUUCGGUCAAUCUGUUGUAUUAGUUUGGUUUUGUAUUCCAUAUCUGUCACACAAGGUCACCCACAACUGUUUACAUUUUUCAUAAACAUAAAUAACACACUUUCUAAAGGUUGAUAAAGCAUUGAGAUGAUGAUGGUAAUGUCUUACUUGGGUUGCUGUGAAGUUCUCGAGCAGAGUCUGCGGACCUGCUGCCUGCUGCUCAGGGAGCUAGCUGUGAUCUCUUGUCCCUUUAUCACCAGUGUUGUCUUUUAGCCUUGUGCUCCUCACACCUUUGCACCCAAGAUGAGACCCAUAACCAUAAUCACUGUGGUAGUAAAUUCUCUUUUUGUGAAUGUUACUCACAAAGUUUCAAAGCCCUUCCCGUUUGUCCUAAUAUUGUAACAUGAAAUUUACGAGACAGGAAUAAAAAAAAUGAAUCACUUAGAGUUAAAGGCAAAUUUCAUUAUUGGGGUUUAAUAUUUCUUUUGCUGUGAUUUUCAUUUAUUUGUCAGUCUUUUAUCCACCCCUUUCUUUAGGUGUCUCCACUUUUGUCUCGUAAAGUCAGUGAUCUAUUUUUUUUAAUUGAAGAAAGAUUAGGAAAAGUACAAACAAAAAAAAAUAGUUUGUCUCCCUUUUCUUUCUCUGUAUGACAAAAUGUACAAGAGGUAUAUUACUAGUCCAAGAGUAACUGAGUCACACAGCGCGAUAUAUAUUGUUGCCCCGAUGGGAUACAUUAUAUGUGGUUUUAAGAAUGUAAUAAAUGGUUUCUUUUUCUUUUGAAA